AUGUGCUUCAUGCUGGCGCUCUCGUGGCCGCUCACGGCGGUGACCCUCGCGUCCGUGCCGCCCACGAUCGCGAUAUCCAAAAUCUACGGCAACUACUUCAAGAAGAUCUCUAAACGCACGCAAAAAGCCCUCGCGGAGGCGACGGAGGUUGCGGAGGAGUCCCUCGGCGGCGUCCGGACCAUCCGCGCCUUCGCCGGGGAGCCGUUCGCGUCGGCUGACUUUUCCGCAAAGCUCGGCGAGUUUUGCCGCCAAAACUCCAUCGAGGCGAGGUACGUCAUCGGCUACACGUUCCUGUACACGUUUUUGCCCAUGGUCAUCACCGUGCUGGUGCUGUGGUACGGCGGCAUGCUGGUGCUGCACGGGAGCCUCAACCCCGGCGCGUUGGUGUCCUUCAUGCUGUAUCAGCAGCAACUCACGAGCUGCUUCGGCGCCAUCGGAGACGUCUUCACGUCCAUCACGACGGCGCUCGGAGCCGCGGACAAGGUGUUCGAGCUCAUCGACACCGAGCCCGGGCUGGCGCCGGCGACGUGCGACGGUCACCUCGCGCUCGUGAACGUCAAUUUCUCCUACCCCGCUCGGCCGGAGCGCCAGGUGCUGUUCGGGUUCAACCUCGACGUGAAACCCGGGGAGACGGUCGCGCUCGUGGGCCCGAGCGGCGGGGGUAAGAGCUCGGUGAUCAACCUCAUCGAGCGGUUCUACGUCCCGAGCGACGGCGCGGUCACUUUGGACGGCUUCGACCUCGGGGAUCUGUGCCCGCGGUGGUUGAAGCGACGCGUGUCACUCGUCGCGCAGGAGCCCACUCUGUUCAACCGCACGCUGCGCAGGAACAUCGUCUUCGGGCUGGAGAAGACCAGGGGGGACGCCGCCGUCGCCGCCAACGCGCACGCGUUCAUCUCUCAGCUACCUCACGCGUACGAGGAGACGGUGGGCGAGCGCGGAAGCACGCUGAGCGGCGGGCAGAAGCAGAGGGUCGCCAUCGCGAGGGCGCUGGUUCGCAAGCCCAAGGUGCUGCUCCUGGAUGAGGCGACGAGCGCGUUGGACGCGGAGAGCGAAGCCAUCGUCCAAGACGCGCUCGGCGCUCUCAUGGCGUCGUACACCGUCGUCGUCAUCGCGCACAGGCUGAGCACCAUACAGAACGCGACGAGGAUCUGCGUCAUCGAGAAGGGGGUGGUGCGCGAGGUUGGGACGCACGACGAGCUGCUGCGGAGGAAAGGGGCCUACGCCGGGCUGGUGAGGCACCAGCUCUCGGCGAUGAGCGCGUCGUCGGCUUCUCUCCUGGGGCUCGAAGACGAAACCGCGGCUUCAACCCCAACCGUGGGUUCCUUCGGCGGGUGA